AUGACAUCAUCAUAUUUAGUUACAAUUCCAAAAGCUGAACUUAAGUUAAAAACGGUGAAAGAUUUUAUUACCGGUAUAUUCAUUGAUAAUUCUGGUUCAACAAGUUCUCAAUUGAUUUCGAUAAAAAAAAAUAUUUUGGAAGCUGAAUUAAGUAUUUGUCACGUUACUCAAUUUGAUUAUGUUGUUCUUUGGAAUACAUUAGCUAAAUUAUGUACAAAUAUUCAAACAGCAACACCGGAAGGUGGGACAAGUCCAAGUGCUAUAUUUUACAAUGAAUUAACGAAAGAAGCAUAUACUAAAUCGGAUGUUAUUGUUUUUGUUACCGAUGGAGCAAUCGAUAAUACUAGUGUCACACAGUUUGCUAUCUAUACAAAAGAUUAUUUAAACAAAGCAUUAGUUAUUUGUAUAAUCGUGAAUGAUAAAUUAUCAAAACCAUCACAAAUCAAUGUUUCAGUUGUUGCACCAUUAAUGAUGGCUUCUAAUGUUUUAUGUCUUUUCUAUGAUGGUGAAAUAUUUUAUAUUCUUUCAUCAAAAGGUUAUAUUAGUCAAUAUUAUAAAUCAUCUGAUGAUUUAACAGAUUAUCAAAAGUUAACUACAUUAAAUAUAAAUGAAUUAUUUCAUAAUAUAAAAAUUUAUGAAUAUACAAAAAUUCCUGAUGGUUAUAUUUCAAUACGUGAUAAUGAACAAGAUAUAAUUGCAAUUGAUUUUAAUAAAUUUUUAAAUAAUAAAAAUCUAGAUUCAAUAUUAAAUUUAACUGAAAAUGAUUGGAAAACAUUAAUUCAAUAUGGAAAAAUAAAUAAUAAAUUAUAUGAAUUACGAAUAUAUGUUUCUCAUAUGAAAAAUGAAUCAAUAAAAAUUGAAAAAGAAAAAUUAAAAUCAAAUUUUAAUUUUAAAUAUUUAAAACAACAUGAUGAAAUUAUUUCAAAUAUUGUUAAAUUAAAAUUAAAUGAAAUUAAUAAUUCAAUUGAAUUAAAUCAAUAUCGUCAACAACUUUAUGAAAUAUCUGAUCAAGCUAAAAUUGAAGAAAUUCAAUAUUUACAAUAUAUUAAUAUCAAUCUUAAUAAAAUUCGUCAAUAUUGGAAUAUUAUACAAAAUUUAAUAUUUGAACAAGAAAUAGGUUCUUAUACAAUUAAUGAUUUUACAUUUUCAUCAAAUCGUGCUAAUCGUGCUAAAAUAUUAACAACAAUUGAUGAUGAAUAUUCUGAUACAAUUGAUAUUUUAGAUCAUACAAAUGUUCCAUUAUUUAAAUGUGCUAUUUGUAUGGAACAAGGACCAUUUAUUCUUUGGUUAAAACAACCAAAUAAUCUUGAAGAUACAACUAAUGAUUUUAUUAUUAAUUUUCCAUUAGAAGGAAAUAAAAAUUUAAUUAAUUGUAUUGUUUCAAAUCCAGUUUGUGGUUAUUGUGCUAAAUCUUAUAUAAAUGCAACAAUAAAUAAUUCAAAACAAUUAAUAACUCUUUAUAGAGAACCAUGUAAAGGUUUUAUUCCAUUAAAUUGGUCAAUAGAAUCGAAUAAAAAAUUUGCAACUAAUAUUCUUUAUCAAAUUUUAACUGGAUAUAAAAUUCUUCAUCAUGUUCAAAUGUUACUAUUAUCUAUAAUUGAUGAUUUUAAAUCAAAUUGGUUUAAUCAAGAAAUAAAAAAUUAUUUUAUUAAACAAAUUAUUGAAAAUAUUUCUACAACUGAUUCAUUUUCUAAUGAAGGUAAUCGUAUAAUAUUUAUUAAUGCAUUAAAAGAAAUAAUAAAACAAGAAGAUAAAUUAUUACAACAACCAUUUAAUGCUGUUUGUAGAAUAUUAAAUUUUAAUUAUAUAUUUCAUCAACUUGAUAAAGAAAUAAUUCAAAUACUUUUACAAAAACGUUUUAUUCUUAUGUGUAUUGAAAAUCAAUGUUCAAAAACAAAAUUUGGUAUUGAAUAUUUAAAUAUUAUUAAAGAACAAUUAUAUGAUAUACUUUUUGAUACAUUAUGUGGAAUACCACUUCAAUAUUCAUUCAAACAAAUUGAUAUUAAUAAUAAAAAGUUAAAAGAAUUUUUAGGCAAAUCCUAUGAUACUAUUAUUAAUUCUAUUGAUAAACUUACUGAAAAUUUAGGUAUUGAUCGUAUAACAAUACUUCCGAAAGAAACAAUUUCAUUUAUUCUAUAUCUUUUAACAACUAUAUAUGAACAUGAUCGACCUAUGAAAUUAUAUACUAAUUUUACUUUAAAAUAUCGAGAAAUUCGUGAAAAUAUGCAAAUUAAAUGGUUAGAAUUUGAAAAGAAAGUAAAUAAAAAUGUUUUUGGUUAUUAUCAUUCUAAAUCUGAAACAGCUAUAGCUGGAUAUGCAAUUAAUCUUGGAAAAUUUUCUUGUUCAAGUAAAUUAUUUUUUAAUACUGAACCAUUAUGGCAAAAUGAUAUUAAUAAUAAACGUAUUAAUAUAACAAUAUUAAUGAAUGAUAUAAAAGAAAAUUUUAAUAAUAAAAUGAAAAAUUAUUAUGGAAAUGUUGAACCAAAUAAUUCAAGUGCACAUUUUCUUUUACAUAAAACUGUUGCUAAUAUAAUUGAAACAAAAUAUUUUAAUGAUGAAUUAAUAAAUGAAUAUAUGAUUAUGGAUUGUAUGAUUGAUAUUGGUCAAACUGCAGGAAGAAAAGGUAAUAUUUAUGCUGAUGAUGUUUUUUUAAAGAUUGUUUUAACAAUUGAACAUUAUUUAAAAUUUCGUAAAACAACAAAAAAUAUGAUAAAAAUUGAUGAUGAAAUAUUAUCACGUUCAUAUGAAUAUAAAAUUCGUACAGAAUUAAUUGCUAAUGGAAUGGAAUAUGAUGAAAAUACAAAUGAAAUAUUAUUUGAAUCAUCAAAAUUAAAAAUUCCAUAUAUGAUUAAAUUAGACAAAAAUAAAUUUAAUUUUAAUGAAUUAAAAAAACGUGUUCAAAAACUUUACAUCACUUCAAAAAUUAAUUCAAAUAAAGAUAUCAGUCAAACAUGUUUGAAUAUUGAAAUUAAAGAUUUUAUUGAAUUUGAAUAUCAAAUGAAUGCUAAUGAUCUUUUACCUAUAUGGGCACAAGAACAACAAAAUAUUGUUUCAUCAAUUAUUACUGAUAUUGAUCAAAUCCAACAACCAAUAAAAUACAUAGCUGGUUUAGAUAUAAGUUUUGUUAAAAACAAUGAUAAAGCAGUCGCAUCAAUGGUUAUUUUAGAAUAUGAAACAUUAAAUAUCGUAGCUAAAAUAAGUGUUAAUUGUAAUAUGAAAAUUCCAUAUAUAGCUAGUUAUUUAGCAUUUCGUGAAGCUCCAGUUUUUAUGAAAUUAAUUGAUAUUCAAAAAGAAAAUUGUCCUCAUUUAACACCACAAGUUAUUUUAAUGGAUGGUAAUGGUGUUUGGCAUCCACGUCGUGCUGGUAUUGCUUCACAUUUUGGCGUUUUAAGUGGAAUUCCAUGUUUUGGUGUAUCAAAAAAUGUUCUUUAUGCUGAUGGUAUUACACGAGAAAAAAUUGAAGAUUUAUUAACUAAAAAAGCAUCCGAAGAAAAUCAAUAUAUUGAAGUUAUAGGUGAUAGUGGAAAUGUUCUUGGCUUAGCUUAUAAUGUAACUGGUUCUGUAAAAAAUGCUGUUUAUAUUAGUGUUGGACAUAAAAUAACAUUGACAACAGCUUGUAAUAUAUUCAAAUCAGCAACAAAAUAUCGUAAUUGUGAACCAAUACGACAAGCUGAUUUACUUAGCCGAGAAAUGGUUGGAAAAAUUUCAUAA